ACAGCGGGAGGCUCUUGCUCCCUGGCUUGCGGGUUGGCGACCACUGGAGCCCGGGUCGAGUUGCUGUGGCUGGCGGGGCCGGUGUCGCGCGGUGCCCCACCCCGCCAUCGGCGUGGUCCACGAGCUGCUGCUGCAAGGCGGCGGCGCUGGGCGCAGCCUCGAGCCCCGCGAGCGUGCCUCUGCCCUUAGCCAGGCUCACCCUGAUCGCCGGGGAGCGUCCAGCCGCUGCCGCUGACAGGGGCCGCGCGCGGGAGCCGGCGGGGGCGCAGCCACCCCUGCGCGGGCGGGCGGCCGGCGCGGGGCUCCCUCGCCAGCCCGGGCGAGCCACCGGAGCCGGGCUGUGGUGCGGGUGCAGGCCGGGGCUCCGCGGGCCCCCUCCUCGCCCCGUGGCCGCCGCUGGAAGAUGUCUCAGGAGAGGCCCACGUUCUAUCGGCAGGAGCUGAACAAGACCAUCUGGGAGGUGCCCGAGCGGUACCAGAACCUGUCCCCGGUGGGCUCGGGCGCCUACGGCUCCGUGUGUGCGGCUUUUGACACAAAAACUGGGUUGCGUGUGGCUGUGAAGAAGCUGUCCAGGCCGUUUCAGUCCAUCAUCCAUGCCAAGAGGACCUACAGAGAGCUGCGCUUACUCAAGCACAUGAAGCAUGAGAACGUGAUUGGUCUUUUGGAUGUCUUCACGCCUGCAAGGUCUCUGGAGGAAUUCAAUGACGUGUAUCUGGUGACCCACCUCAUGGGGGCUGAUCUGAACAACAUUGUAAAAUGUCAGAAACUUACUGAUGACCAUGUUCAGUUCCUCAUCUACCAGAUUCUCCGAGGUCUAAAGUAUAUACAUUCAGCUGACAUAAUUCACAGGGACCUAAAACCCAGUAAUCUUGCUGUGAAUGAGGACUGCGAGCUAAAGAUUCUAGAUUUUGGACUGGCUCGGCAUACUGAUGAUGAAAUGACAGGUUACGUCGCCACCAGGUGGUACAGGGCUCCGGAGAUCAUGCUGAACUGGAUGCAUUACAACCAGACAGUGGAUAUUUGGUCAGUGGGAUGCAUAAUGGCUGAGCUGUUGACUGGAAGAACGUUGUUUCCUGGUACAGACCAUAUUAACCAGCUUCAGCAGAUUAUGCGUCUGACCGGGACGCCCCCUGCUUACCUCAUUAACAGGAUGCCAAGCCAUGAGGCAAGAAACUAUAUUCAGUCUUUGACCCAGAUGCCUAAGAUGAACUUUGCAAAUGUAUUUAUUGGUGCCAAUCCCCUGGCUGUCGACUUGCUGGAGAAGAUGCUCGUAUUGGACUCAGAUAAGCGGAUUACAGCAGCCCAAGCCCUGGCACACGCCUACUUUGCGCAGUACCAUGAUCCAGAUGAUGAGCCGGUGGCCGAUCCCUAUGACCAGUCAUUUGAAAGCAGGGACCUCCUCAUUGAUGAAUGGAAAAGCCUGACGUAUGAUGAAGUCGUCAGCUUUGUGCCACCGCCCCUUGACCAAGAAGAGAUGGAGUCCUGAGGACCUGGUUUCUGUUCUGUUGCUCCCACUUCACUGUGAGGGGAAGGCCUUUUCAUGGGAACUCUCCAAAUAUCAUUCAAGUGCCUCUUGUUGAAAGAUUUCCUCCAAGGUGGAUGGGGAGUGUGUGUGCGCAUAGAGUGUGAGUAUGUGUGUGUGUGAGAGAGAGAGUGGAUGGGGGUGUGUGCAUUUGUCUUUGUGGAAGGUGAAGAGUAGAAUGUGAGCUAGCUCCGAUCACAGUGACUUUCUGUGAAGUUGUGCCGUCGUGUCCUGCCUGCUCUUUUCCCCAUCUGAGUACUAACCAGGCUCAGUCCUGCUUGGCUUCCCAGCUCAGACGAGAUCGGGUGCAUUCAGGGUGGUAUGGCCGUAGAUUCUGCCUACCUACUCUUUCUGAAAGUUGGCUCAGGCAGACAAGAGCUGCCAUCUUGUUAGGAUAUGGAAAAUGCAAAGUGAAAGUUUUUACAAAUGCCUGGACCUAGUCAUGCUUUUUGCUUCUUUGGUUUCUCCUGUGGCCCCACCUUGGUCAAGUUCAUGGGGUGAACUUGACCACACGCCAUAGCAGCACACGGAGGAGGAACCCACCUCACUGCUUCAGGUCCAAGGCCUGCCUCAGUGAUGCCUACAGCCGGAAAGGACCAACUGCCUUCUGUGCUCCAGCCUGUGAUUAACUUGCUUAGUAUGGGUCUCAGAACUUGACACCUUGUGUUUGAAACUAUAAAUAUGUUUGUGCCUUAAAAAGGAGAGAAGGACAUGUAGAUAAUUAAAAAAGACUACAGCUGCUGAAGUUCUGAGCCAAGCAAGUAGACAAGAGCUGUGGGGUGGCCACCGUGAGCCGGAAGAAACCAAGUGUGCAUGUGUGCGCAUGCGUAUAUUUGCAUUUCCUCUCCUACAUCCCCAGGGGAUGUCACUUGCUUCUCACCUGCAAGACAGAGCUCUCCUAAGAACUGACCCCAGUAGCCAGGCACAGGUUCCUGCUGCUGUCUGUGUGCUUCCUGUAUGCUCCUUUCUAGCCCAGUGAGGAUGUGUUUGCACACCUUGAUGUUUGAGCAUGUGCUGCUGCUCGUCCUAUUCUCCUCCGGAGGCCCCGGGCCAGUCUGCCUAUGAAGACCUCCUGGGUGAUUCUGAUCUCACAUCUCCCCAGCUGAUGCUGCGGGCAAGUGACUUCCUCCUCUCUACAGCCCCUGCGCUCUUCUGCAUUGAAUACAGUUGAUACUCCAGGUGCUCUUGCUGGGGAAACCCGGAAAAGAUGGAACAGGUGGAUGGAUAGCAUUUUUAUUCUCACCAUCUGAUUUUCGAUGAAUUGUUUUUGGAGAGCUGUGUUGGGGAAGACCAGGGCUUUCCCCAGGAACAAAACAAGUCGUUCACUCCCAACUAUCAAUACGAAGAACUAUUCUGAAUCAAAGUGAAAAAUGAAAAGCUCACGAGCCCAGAAACUCCUUUUGCUAUCUUUCUCUAAAUAUGAUUAUUUCAAAAAAAGAAAGAAAAGAAAACUAGUCAACAAGGUGUCUUUUCUACCCCUCCAUGAAAAAAGGUCUUUUUGGCAGCUUAACAUUGAUUGAUUUUGUGGUCUUGGUUUAGGGAGUAAUACAUUUUGUUUUAGAAUUUUGUACAUUGCAGGAAUCCUUUGAGAAUGUGAUUCCUUUUGAUGGGGAGAAAGGGCAGAUUAUUUUAAUAUUUUAUAUUUUCGCCUUUAUAGAUGAAAUAUCCUCAGGGGUAGAGAAGUGUUGCUGUUGUAAUUUUCUGAAUUUCAGGCAUUCUGUGCUAUACAAGGACCCAUCUAUAUUUAAGCCUCUGUGUACUAAGGAAGUGUAACGCCAAUUUCAGUGUUGGCAAAUCUUGUAUUUAAGCCAAGGUUGUAUCCAGUCUCAGUUUUAGUGGGGUGAUGUGUGGCCUCCAGAGGGCUAGGUGGGGCCCCUGAAUCCACUGGAGCCAGAAGGAAGGCGGUGCAGACAGGCACCAGUGGCCUCCCACCCGGGAUUCUGUGCACUUGAAGGAAAGUGAGCAGAAGAGCCUCACCUCUGAAAUCCUCACCAUCAACAGCAAGAUGAACUUCAUCAGCCAUGUUUGGUUGUAAAUGCUAGUGUGAUUUCAUACAGAAAUACUGCUCUGAAUAUUGUGUGUAUAUAUACAUAUAUACACACGUGUGUGUAUAUAUGUAUAUAUAUGCGUAUAUAUACAUAUAUAUAAGGUCUUUGCACAUGUGACCACAUUUGUGUUAGGAGGCUUUGUGCUUGAGGAACCUGAACUCAAAGCUGGGAGAGUUCCGUGGGUUCUGAGCAUAAUCCUCCCAGUUUCUCUCAGCUGAAUUCUGACAAGGGAGAGGAGGAGGGAAACUGGUAUUUUAUUUGUUUUGUAUUCAUGAACUUGGCUGUAAUCAGGUAUGCCAUAUAGGAUGUCAGACAAUACCACUGGUUAAAAAUAAAGCCUAUUUUUCAAAUUCAGUGAAUUUCUCAAAUUAAUUAUGUGUUUCUCUUGAUUGUUUUGAUUUAAUGCCCAACAUGGCAUUGUAUCAAUGUUCUUUCAACUGUGGCCCGGCAUGAGAUUCUUACAGAUCUUACUCCAAACAUUUAGAAAACAUUUACUUGUGUAUUUAUGGUGAAGAGAACCUGGGUCUGGAAAGUGAACAGCAAAUAAAUAAACAAGGUAUUAGAAGCAGGGUUUGUAUUACUGCAGUGAGUCCAUGUGAUGGGGCGGGGCUCAGCCAACGGCCCCUGCAGCCCAAGCCCCUCCCCCAUUGCUUGGUUUUGUGCAGAACCUGCUAAGAAUGGUUUUUCCAUUUUUCAAAGGUUGAGAACUAUCAACAGAGGAAAAUAUUUUUGUAGCAUGUGAAAAGUCAUGUCAAAUUCAAAUCUUGAUGUCCAUCAAUAAAGUUUUAUGAGAAUAU